AUGUUCCCACGAUUCGAAGUCGCCGGGUUUGCCAUCACCUUGACGAUUGUGUUCUUGUUCGUCGGUCGGUUCAAGCCCUCGUUUCCGGACUUUGACGCGCCGUCGGUGGCGGACCUGGGGCUCUUCGAUCACCGCCACGACGACGUCGUCAAUAUCAACACCAAUAACCACAGGGGAGGACUCGGUCUGGGGACCGGGAGUAGUCACAGGUCCAGCCGGUUUGAUGACGUGCAGCCGGACGAUGCUAUCGAGGAUGUGCGGGUUGCCGAUGUCUUCCUUGACGAGGAGGCGGUCGAGGCGGAUGAACUGCAGCGGCAGCUUCAGCUGCAACAGGAGCAGGAGGAGGCAGCAGCAGCAGCAGCAGCCGCGAACAACGACAACAACUACAAUAUCAUGGAAGACGCCAUGAACUCGACGUUGGGCUUUGCAAAGGUCUUUGUCAUCUCCAUGCCGGAGAGGAGUGAUAAGCGAGACGCCUUCAGUCUGCAGGCACGGCUGUCCAACAUCUCGUUUGAGGUCCGAGACGGGGUCUCAGGGGCAGAUGUGUCGGUCAAGGCUCUUCCACACAGCUUUGCACAGGAUGCCGGCGCCACGGGCUGUUGGCGAGCACACCUGAACGUCAUGCAAGAGAUGCUCCGGGACAACAUCCAGUCCGCUCUGGUGUUCGAAGACGACGCGGAUUGGGACCUGGCCAUUAAGUACCAGAUGAUGCAGGCGGCACAAGCAACGCGGUUUGUGACCGCGCAGCCCGAAGACGAGAAGCCACUAUCGCCGUACGGCGAUUACUGGGACAUCAUCUGGUUCGGGCAUUGCGCAGCGCAGACAGACCCAGAGAACGACAGGAGGUACGUCGUGACGGACGACCCGACGGUGCUGCCGCCGUGGUCGAGGUCGGAAUUCGUCCAGCCCGACAUGUCCGUCUGGCAAGAGGACUCGGACGACUACCUCAACUUCCAGACCCGGAUCUACUUUCGGUCGAACUGGAAUUCGUGUACGGCGGCAUACGCCAUCUCCCUCCGUGGCGCGGAGAAGGUCGUCUUCACGCAGAGCAUGGUGCCCUUCAACGACCCGGUAGACAAUGGCAUGGGAGCCAUGUGUAACCGGCACACACUGGAUUUCACCUGCAUCGCACCGUUCCCCACGGUGGUGGGCAUUUCGAAACCAGCCGGCGCGUCAAAUCGAGGAAGCGACAUUCGCGGGCUAGAAGAUGUCCAGGUGAUCGAGGAAGGAUGGAGUGAACGGAUCAUGUAUUCGACGCGGCAAAACAUCCCUCGCAUCCUGACAGGACAAGAGGAUUUUUUGAGUGUCUUCUCCGAGGACUCGAUGCCUCCCAUGACGAUCCCGGACAUUGGGCGCGGCAUGGGACAUCCCGAAUGGGUCUGGAGGGGGACCAGGUAUUUUGACGAAGGCGAGUACCAGCAAGCGCGCGCCGGAGCGGCAGAAAAGGACAAUGAGGAGGGCAAAGCCGAGGAAGACGCAAAGUCGGAGGGCGACGAGUGGACGAGUCCGAUCGAGGAGGAGACGGAAGAUGCUCAGCCAGACAGCGAGGGAGAGGAGACGUCUACCUCAGAAGGGGGCGAAGAAGAAGAAAAGGAAGCUUCCGAAUCCACAGGCUACUCGAAGAAGCAGGGGUCACAUCGAGAGGAGGCGGAAGCUGGAGAAUCCGGGGGUUGA